CAAUGUUCAAUAGAGGGAUCAAUGGAAUAGGAAUCUUAAUAAACUUGAACUCUAACCCCGCUUUCUGACGUCACCGCUGCACUACCUCAUCGGCGUGGGGGGGGGAGGUGUGUUCCCCGCUAGUGACGUCAUGUCACCUGCUGCCGCGUGACGUCACGAGACACCAGGAAGCUGCCGUACUCAACGCGCGCGCUCACUGUGAGCCGAGAUAUUAAGGGCUGAUCAGGCGAGGCAUUGGCUAGAGAAGAGAUUGGAGGAUGUGGAGGUGAUCGGACCUGCCGAUGACUGGUGCCAGGAGCGGAGAUCGGCCUCUGUGGAGGAGGCCCGUGAGAAUUGGUCUGAUGAAGCAACGGCACUCGGCGCAGCUCGGUACAAAAAAGAAACAAUGCGACCAGUGUUCAUACAGCACGGAUAGUACUGGAAGUUUGGCACAGCACAAGAGAAUGCACACAGGAGAGAAACCCUUCAAGUGCAUUGUGUGUGAGAAGGCAUUUGCAGAGUCAUCGCAUCUUAAAAGACACCAGAGAACACACACGGGAGAGAAAACCUUCAAGUGCAGUGUGUGUGAGAAGGAAUUUGCAGAGUCAUCACAUCUUAAAAAACACCAGAGGACACACAGGGGAGAGAACCCCUUCAAGUGCAGUGUGUGUGAAAAGGCAUUUGCAGAGUUAUCACAUCUUAAAAACCACCAGAGAACACACACAGGAGAGAAACCCUUCAAGUGCAGUGUCUGUGAGAAGGCAUUUGCACAUUCAUCAGGUCUUCAGAUCCACCAGAGAACACACACAGGAGAGAAACCCUUCAAGUGCACUGUGUGUGGAAGCGCAUUUGCACGGUCAUCAAAUCUUCAGAUCCACCAGAGAAGGCACACAGGAGAGAAACCCUUCAAGUGCACUGUCUGUGAGAAGACAUUUUCACAGUCGUCAGUUCUUCAGAGCCACCAGAGAACACACACAGGAGAGAAACCCUUCAAGUGCACUGUCUGUGAGAAGGCAUUUGCACAUUCAUCAGGUCUUCAGAUCCACCAGAGAACACACACAGGAGAGAAACCCUUCAAGUGCACUGUCUGUGAGAAGACAUUUUCACAGUCGUCAGUUCUUCAGAGCCACCAGAGAACACACACAGGAGAGAAACCCUUCAAGUGCACUGUCUGUGAGAAGGCAUUUGCACAUUCAUCAGGUCUUCAGAUCCACCAGAGAACACACACAGGAGAGAAACCCUUCAAGUGCACUGUGUGUGGAAGCGCAUUUGCACGGUCAUCAGAUCUUCAGAGACACAAGAGAAGGCACACAGGAGAGAACCCCUUCAAGUGCACUCUGUGCAGGAAGGCGUUUGCACGGUCAUCACGUCUUCAAACACACCAGAGGACACACACAGGAGAAAAACCCUUCAAGUGCACUGUGUGUGAGAAGGAAUUUUCACAGUCAUCAAAUCUUAAAAUACACCAGAGAACGCACACAGGAGAGAAACCCUUCAAGUGCAGUGUGUGUGGGAAGGCAUUUGCAGAGUCAUCACGUCUUAAAAUACACCAGAGAACACACACAGGAGAGAAACCCUUCAAGUGCACUGUGUGCGGGAAGGCGUUUACACGGUCAUCGUUUCUUCACAACCACCAGAGAACACACACAGGAGAGAAACCCUUCAAGUGCAGUGUGUGUGAGAAGGCAUUUGCAAAGUCAGCAGUUCUUCAGAGACACCAGAGAUCACACACAGGAGAGAAACCCUUCAGGUGCACUGUGUGUGGGAAGGCAUUUGCAGAGUCAUCACAUCUUAAAAGACACCAGACAACACACACAGGAGAGAAACCCUUCAAGUGCACUGUGUGUGAGAAGGCGUUUUCAAGUUCAUCUGAUCUUAAAAGACACCAGAGAACACACACAGGAGAGAAACCCUUCAAGUGCAGUGUGUGUGAGAAGGCAUUUGCAGAGUCAGCAGUUCUUCAGAGACACCAGAGAUCACACACAGGAGAGAAACCCUUCAGGUGCACUGUGUGUGAAAAGGCAUUUGCAGAAUCAGCAGUUCUUCAGAGACACCAGAGAUCACACACAGGAGAGAAACCCUUCAGGUGCACUGUGUGUGGGAAGACAUUUUCAGGUUCAUCUGAUCUUAAAAAACACCAGAAAACACACACAGGAGAGAACCCCUUCAAGUGCACUGUGUGUGAGAAGGCAUUUGCAGAGUCAUCACAUCUUAAAAAACACCAGAGAACACACACAGGAGAGAACCCCUUCAAGUGCACUAUGUGUGAGAAGGCAUUUUCACGGUCAUCAGGUCUUCAGAUCCACCAGAGAAGGCACACAGGAGAGAAACCCUUCAAGUGCAGUGUGUGUGAGAAGGCAUUUGCAGAGUCAUCACAUCUUAAAAGACACCAGAGAACACACACAGGAGAGAACCCCUUUAAGUGCCCUGUGUGUGAGAAGACAUUUUCACAGUCGUCAGUUCUUCAGAGCCACCAGACAACACACACAGGAGAGAAUCCUUUCAAGUGCACUGUGUGUGGGAAGGCAUUUUCAAGUUCAUCUGAUCUUAAAAAACACCAGAGAACACACACAGGAGAGAAACCCUUCAAGUGCACUGUCUGUGAGAAGGCAUUUUCAAGUUCAUCUGAUCUUAAAAGACACCAGAGAACACACACAGGAGAGAACCCCUUCAAGUGCACUGUGUGUGAGAAGGCAUUUGCAGAGUCAUCACAUCUUAAAAAACACCAGAGAACACACACAGGAGAGAAACCCUUCAAGUGCACUCUGUGCGGGAAGGCGUUUGCACGGUCAUCACAUCUUCAAAGACACCAGAGGACACACAGGGGAGAGAACCCCUUCAAGUGCAGUGUGUGUGAAAAGGCAUUUGCAGAGUUAUCACAUCUUAAAAACCACCAGAGAACACACACAGGAGAGAAACCCUUCAAGUGCAGUGUCUGUGAGAAGGCAUUUGCACAUUCAUCAGGUCUUCAGAUCCACCAGAGAACACACACAGGAGAGAAACCCUUCAAGUGCACUGUGUGUGGAAGCGCAUUUGCACGGUCAUCAAAUCUUCAGAUCCACCAGAGAAGGCACACAGGAGAGAAACCCUUCAAGUGCACUGUCUGUGAGAAGACAUUUUCACAGUCGUCAGUUCUUCAGAGCCACCAGAGAACACACACAGGAGAGAAACCCUUCAAGUGCACUGUCUGUGAGAAGGCAUUUGCACAUUCAUCAGGUCUUCAGAUCCACCAGAGAACACACACAGGAGAGAAACCCUUCAAGUGCACUGUCUGUGAGAAGACAUUUUCACAGUCGUCAGUUCUUCAGAGCCACCAGAGAACACACACAGGAGAGAAACCCUUCAAGUGCACUGUCUGUGAGAAGGCAUUUGCACAUUCAUCAGGUCUUCAGAUCCACCAGAGAACACACACAGGAGAGAAACCCUUCAAGUGCACUGUGUGUGGAAGCGCAUUUGCACGGUCAUCAGAUCUUCAGAGACACAAGAGAAGGCACACAGGAGAGAACCCCUUCAAGUGCACUCUGUGCAGGAAGGCGUUUGCACGGUCAUCACGUCUUCAAACACACCAGAGGACACACACAGGAGAAAAACCCUUCAAGUGCACUGUGUGUGAGAAGGAAUUUUCACAGUCAUCAAAUCUUAAAAUACACCAGAGAACGCACACAGGAGAGAAACCCUUCAAGUGCAGUGUGUGUGGGAAGGCAUUUUCAACUUCAUUUUAUGUUAAAGCACACCAGAGAAUACACACAGGAGAUAACCCCUUCAAGUGCAGUGUGUGUGAGAAGGAAUUUUCACAGUCAUCAAAUCUUAAAAAACACCAGAGAACGCACACAGGAGAGAAACCCUUCAAGUGCACUGUGUGUGGGAAGGCAAUUUCAAGUUCAUCUGAUCUUAAAAGGCACCAGGGAACACACACAGGAGAGAAACCCUUCAAUUGCACUGUCUGUGAGAAGGCAUUUUCACAGUCAUCAGUUCUGCAUCGACACCAGAGAACACACAGGCAUCAGAAGAUCGCCAAGGAGUGUAGUCUGAAAUCGACUUGUGAAAGUCAAAGUGCUGCAAUGAACCCAUCCCUCCUGAAAAAAGAACCAGAAGUGAAUUCUAGCUUGGACACUAUGAAAUGUUUCAAGGUGAAAUUUGAAGAGGUGACGGUGAAGAGUGAAGAAGUGAAGGUGAAAUGUGAAGAUGAAGAUUCAACUCCAAAACCGGACCUUCACAUCAAUGGAGGCAACGUGAAGCAGGAGGAGAAUUCCGACUGUGAGGCAGAGCGAGGCAACUCCCAGCAGUUUGUGGAAGUGGAGGUGUGGGUGGACUUCUUAGACAAUACAAAGUCAAAUGGAGACCCUGUAGAUGUGUAAGAUUGAGACAAUGAAGCCCGAAUAGAUUCACCUUUGUCACAGGCCUUUACUGAAAAUAACUCCAUACCUAGGUUCAACCUGCACAGCAAGAGCGCUCAGUAUUUGUGGACUUGUGGGUUGGGUAGAUCUUUAACUAGGGGAUCUGAAUUCUGAUACCUGAUAGAAUUACACUAAAACAACCAUUUUAUUUUCACAAUUGGUAAUAUACCCCUAGAUAAUUAAGCCGAGCCUAAUUUAAAUAAGCAUAUUUUAAUCAAAUGUCAUUUUUUUCAGCUGCCACAGCAAGAAAAAAUUAUUGCUGUGGUUUUCACACCUGAUGAUAAUUGUUGCAGUCACGAAAGCUUUAAAUCAAAAUUAAUGAAUACUUGUCUGAUUUUGUGCGUACAUGUGUAGUAGUCAUAGAUGGAGACGGAGUCGUAGUAGGAAUUAAACUCUUUUAUUUAUAUCCUUAACGAUUCCCUAGGUCCUUAACACGAAGGGGUAACGGUUCCUUUUACCCACAACCUAGGGAGGUACAGCCUCCGGGCUAGCUUACUCUAGCCUUGGGUCGAACUACUACUCUAGCCCUCCGGCUAGCUGGACCUAGGGGAGGCUGACCCACCGCUGGCACCGGUGGGUCUUUGACCACUGGCCCGUCCAGACCCGGCCCUGAGAAGGACGUCGGGCUGAGGGAACUUCAGGGCCCUAGCCUGCUGAUCACUGGCACCGCACUGAGCCCCGGCCCUCAGAAGGACGUCGGGGUUUGGGGUCCAGGAUCUCCUCUUCAGGCGGCUCCACGGCUUCGGCUUGAGACGAAUUGCCUCCUGGUCUCAGGAGCCCGCCUUUUAUACCAUUUCCCACCGAGGGGCGGGGGUUCCGAGGGAUCACAGAUCCCUCGCAGGCCCCUCCCCUCAGGAGAGGUGCUGGUCACAGGGAGCCCAACAAUCUGUGCUUGUUCGACCCCACUUUCUGUCUAGGACCAGGGUUCUGGGGGAUCCCAUACACACACACACUUCACAGCCUCUACCCCUCAGGCGGGGUCUCCAUCAGGGUUAUGAAUGACCUCGCUCUGGUAGUUACUGUGUAGCAUGUGCGUGUUUACAGAGUGACCACCACACAUGUAACAUUUUGUCUAUAC